AUGUAUAAUUUUAAAUGUACCCCAAUAAUACCAGCAAUAUGUAUAGAUCCAAUAGGAGGACCUGGAUCUCACAAUGCAUAUGUGAGUUUUAUAUGCUUUAUAAUAGGUGCAUGGUUUGCAUAUCGUUGUUCACAGCUCAUUCAAUGUUAUGAUAUAUUGAGACUUAUUGAAGAGGGCGCAAAGACAAUUCAGUUGAAAGCAUUAGGCCCUUAUUCACAUGAAUUAAAAAAUCUCAUGAGAGUGCAUUUAGCACAAAUAAUACGUGACAAAAGAUCAGUGUCUCCAAUCCCACUAGAAAAAGUGUCAAUAGGCACAGAUAUAGACAUAAACUCUAUAGAUACAAAAUUGAUACCUCUAUCUUCAUCUUCUUCAAAUCCUGAUGAGUCCUAUAAUUUGGAAAUUUCAUUUUUACUAAACUCGGAAUCUUCAAGCACUGUUCAGUUAUUUUGGGGAGUUGACUUUUCUGCAGCUCAAAAACUUAUGCUAAGUAGUUAUGAAGUAAAUAGUCACAAAUCUAAAGUCUCAGAAAGAGUAAUGAAACUAUCUAGUGGCACUAAUGAGGGCGAUGAAGUAUUUAUUACCCAAGGUUCGGUAUCUGUAUCUGGGUCUAAUCUCCACUUAAACUACUAUUCAAAUACCAAUUUUGACUAUACAGAGAAUUAUCACCAUCCUAACAUCGUUUCUAAUAUCUCAAAUAUCACUUCUAAUAUGAAUGAACUAACCAAUAUUAACUCAAGUGACCAUAUUUCUUCUAAUCCUCAAUAUCAGUUCAGUAUAUUAUCACAACCACAUUCAGCCAAAGCAAUUAAUUCAAUAAACCCUAUAUUAUACUCAGAAUCUAUGAUAUACCCUACAUCACAGUUUAAUAAUCGUGAAGGCUUGCAGAGAUCAAAUAAUUUAGGUUUUACAAGAUGGUUAUCAUAUGCAUCUCGCUAUGGUUGGCCAUCACAUUCUAAUACGAAUAAUCAUACAAAUAGGUACAUUCGUUGGAAUGCUUCUGUAUUAGGACGUAAUAUAAUUUCAUUUAAUGGAAUAUAUCAUAGGAUUCUAAAUAGGAUAUCAAGAAAUAGAUCUAAUUUGCAUGAUUCAACAAGGUCUCUAUUAGAAUUACCUAUAGUAGUAUCAUCAAACAAUACAAAUAUUCAUGUUCCCUAUAAAAAUUCUAACACAAGUAUAGAUAUAGCUUCAAUAAGUGAAGAUAUUGAUACCUUUAUGGAUCCUAGAAAUUUUUUAUCUGGAUCUCCAGUUUCUAGAUAUAGCAGGGGACUCAGUCAAAUUUAUAAGUACCAGUUCAAACUGACAUCUGAAUAUUUACAAAUUUGCAAACUUCCAAAUAUAAAAUUAACAGAUGUUGUACAAGAUAAUGAGGAUUAUACUUUUAAUUCUGAUAUAGAGUCAGCUGGAAGUUGGAAGAUGCUUAAUGAAACCAAGUUCCCCAGAAUUCCGCUAGUUAUUGUUGCACAAGGAAACAAUCCUUGCUGUGAAAAUACAAGCUUUUAUCAUAUUGUUGCUUUACAAUUUCAAAUUGCACGAGAACCAUAUAAGAAUCCAACUCUAAUAUAUAAACCAGUAGUGAUUAAACAAGUCUUUCUUACAUCUAAAGGUAUAAUAGAGCCGUAUGACGCUUAUGGGCUUGAAGAUGAAGAAUUAGAUUGUUUAAUAUGCAUGGCAAAUCCAAAAGAUACAGUAUUAUUACCUUGUAGGCACUGUAGUACCUGUGAAUCAUGUUUAAGAGCUCUCAGGCAAGAUAGGUGUCCCUUAUGUAGAAGUGGAUUUAGUGGAUUCAUAGUAUUACCUAUAUUUUCUAAGAGAGAUAUUAUAGAAGACUAG